AUGGUAGUGAAUGCCAACAAAUAUCUUGAAAAUCCUGGAAUGAUUUAUCAUGUGGGAACGUCCUUGAGAAAUCCAAUUAAAAUGUCUGAGUUUUCAAAUUUCAUGUUCCAAUACUGCACCAAAAAUCCAUGGCUUUAUAAGGAUGGAAGCCCGAUCAAGGUUGAGAAGUUGAAAAUGUUCACAACUAUGGCUGCAUUUCGUUCGUACAUGCAAAUCCGCUACAUGUUACCAUUGGAGGGAUUAAAGUUCUUGAAUAAAGAAUUUGACCAAUAUUUUAAAGAAUUAUAUGUUAACUAUAACCGGAAAAUAACAUUUGCGAUGGGGUUGGCUGAGUUGUACCGACCAUUUUCGCUAUACAAGGCCAUCUUUGACGACACCAAUUUGGAGAAGUUGCAAAGGAUAGCAAGAGAGAAUUACAGAGACGCUGAAAUCUUUAAUUUUGACCCAAGAUGCAUUGAUUGGGAAGACUACAUCAUGCGUACUCACAUCCCUGGCCUUUGGAAACAUGUUAUGAUCAAACAAAGCCAGAACCAGAGCCAGAGCCGACUUUGA